AUGCUCAGGCCUAGCAUAGCCAGGAAGGUCCUCCGGGUCCGCUCGGCCAGGCUGGGAUACAGGGGUCUGCACUCGCAUCUCCUAAACAUCUCUUACAGCCCUCUGCCGUCUGAACAUCCUUCCGAGCCCCCCAUCGCUACUCGAUUCCCUUUGUACCGACGCGAAGAGUAUCAGAGGGAGCCACCCAUCACCCAAGCAAUGAUCGACUCAUUGCCCACAGACGAAGGCCUCUCUCGACAGCUGAAACGCAAAGUCACCAAGAAAGCAGUAGAGGAUAUUCCCGAAUGGUCCGAGCAGGAUUUGCGGGCCUUCUACCUUGAUCUGGUCAAGACUGGGGUCAAAGAAGGAGAGAGUCUGGAAGCUAUCGAAGCCCCUGGGAACCAGGUCGAAUUAUUGAGCGACGAACAGAGACGAAGCACAUUGGCGAAGAUGUCGUCGAGGCUAUUGGGCCAAGGCCAAGACCACUCCAAUGAGGCCUCCAGUCUUCCGCCAGUGCACCGGGGAAAAGUCUCAUUCUCAAGACUGCCUUAUGCGAUCUUAGAGUCAUUGGCACCUUUGGCCGUCCUCAGCGGACCGAGUGAGACCAGCAAAGGCAAGGCCGUCGAAAAUGUGGCUGCGAGGCUUGAUGUUCCUUUGGGGCUGGUCAACAACACCGAAUGGAAUGCUCUCUUUCAAGAGCUUAUACAAAGACAAGAUGCCAUCGCGGCCGAGACCGUGCUGGAUCUCAUGAACGCUCACGGGAUGCCCGUGGACUUGCACUUGAUUGACGAGAUCAUGCAUGUGCAUGCUAUGCAAGGGCGCCCGGAUGAGGUCAAACGCCUUGUGCUGGAAGUUGCCGCUGCUGGAGACGCCAUUCUCCCUGUCCAUCAGGACAAGAUAGUCUUGUCCCUCUUGCAACAAUCCCCAUCCGAUGCCCGCCCUGCUAUCGCCCACCUUCGACAGGCCGAAGAAGCAGCAACCCCCUUCCCGCAAUCUUCAUACCAACUCGUCAUAUCCCACCUCACUACCCCCUCCCCAGACGUCCAUCCCAACGCCCAUACGCGCUCCCUCGCUUGGGAUCUGUUUGCCCAUAUGCGACUGAAGGCCCAUCCAACACCUACGAGAGAAAUGUACGCUACGAUGAUCAGGAGCUGCGGGGAUGCCAAUCAGCCUCAGCCGGAGAGAGCUCGAGAUCUUUGGCUCGAAAUGACUCAGCAGGAGAGACUGGAGCCGAACGGUGAGGGGUACAAUGCCAUCAUUCGAGCUUUGGGGAGCACCAAGAAGGAUUAUCUCGAAGCUUUUGAUCUCUUACGCCAAAUGCUUGUCAAGCACAAUGACGCAACCUUCGUGCCCUUUGAAGAACACAAUGACAUUUCUCGCUUCAGCAAAUUUGUCCCCACUCUCGAAACUUUCAACGCCGUAUUGGAAGGCGCCAAGCGAGCCGGUGAUAUUAAUCGGGCGAGAUGGGUAUUGACAGAAGUGCUCAAGCUCUCCAGGGCUGGACAGGCCUUGAAGGUGACAGUAUGGAAGGAUGGAGCGGACGAGAGCCUUUUGUCGGCCGUUUUCAUGACGUACGCAGCGUGGAAACCAGUCGUAAAGAAGCAGGGACUCAAGCUGAGGACUGGCGGGGAGGCUGAGUUGGGCGAUGCUGCCGCCGAAGCUGCUGUGGACGAUGCGAGCAAAGAAGCAGCUCACCUCGAUGUGGAUGUCUUGCAGGAUGUCCAAGAUGUCGUCACCCAAGAGCCGCUCAUGGACGAACUCACCCUCAACGAGCCUCCUGUCUCGACUCCUACGACACCGUUGUCCAGCGCGGACGCUUUACGCGAGUGUACCUCCCUCUUCAACCGCAUCCUCUCCGACAACGAAGCUGUCCGCGAAGGCAGUAGCGAUUUCCUUCCUUUCAAAAGUGUCCGUCCAUCACCAAGGUUGAUCAAUUCAUAUUUGUCUGUGCACCUGGUGCACGGUACAUCUCUGAUAGGCCUCAAAGAGGUGCAUGACGAGGCUUGGAAGGAUGCUGCUAAAGCGUCCUUGUCUUCCGUCAAGCCCAAUGGGUGGUCAUAUAUGUUCCUCUUGGAGAAAUGUUCUUCUGGAGCUCGAGUCAUAUCUCCUGCUGAACGACCCCUGGCCGUGUCAUGGGGACGAGAGCUCUGGUCUUCUUACCUCUCGUUCUACUCUAUCGCAUCCUCCUAUCUUGAAAGAAACUAUACCGCCGAACACCCUCUUGCCAAAGCUCGCAAGAGGUGGAUUAUGGGCCUUGGAGACAGACAGGUAGAAAGGGUUUGGAAAGCUGCCAUCAAACUGGAGAGUGUGCAUGGGGAUGUGGAUCAGGCGCUCGAGAUCCUGGAAGACUUUGUGAGAAGAUUCCCAGCGGAGGAGAUAAGCCGGUCAUAUCAGCCUAUACCAGAGGCAGGCCUUUCGAUCAGGAUGGCCCUUCCCAGUACCACCCCGGAGGCUGACGUCCCCCCGCUAUUGCUAUUCAGCGAUGUCCAAGCUCUUCAUCAGAGAUUGGUAAAGGAGAAGCGAUUCGGGUCCGUUCGGAGGCUGAAAUGGGUGGUUGAAGGAUAUACAGGAGCGCUAGCCAAGAGGAGGAAAUGGAGGAUGAAGGGGGUAGCACAGGGUAGAGAGAGAAUGGCGGAAAAGAGACACCAACGUGAAACAUAUAGAGCGGUCGAGGGGGAGCACUCGGAAGAAUUGGACUAG